AUGAUCCAGGGGGUGGAGCUGGAGAGCACCAGGCUGGUGAUCAGGUACCCAGACCGCUGGAUGCAGAGAGCCCCUCCCUCUUCUCAGACGACCAACUCUAUAGGCCUCAACACCUCCUCAGCCUCCCAGUACGCCUCCACAGGGUAUGUGGCAGGUCAGAAGUGUUGGAGUGUGACUUACACCCAUCAGAAGAUCUGUGCUUUAAAGGGGUCAACAGUGAACAUAUCCUGCUCUUACACAUAUCCCAGUUAUCAUGAGAUCAAACAAGCUUUCUGGUUUACUAAAUGGUCUGGUAUGGAUGCUGAAGAUCUGAGCUCAGUGCCAGGGUAUGAGGGUCAUAUAGAGUACCGUGGGGAUAAGGAGAGUGACUGUACCCUAAGAAUCACAGACCUGAGAUUGAGUGACUCUGCUGGGUACAGGUUCAGAUUCAUAACAUCUGGAGGAAAGUUUUCUGGCUCACCUGUCUCCCUGACUGUCACAGAUGUUGUGUUGGAGAUGGAUCCUACAUCUGUGUCAGAGAGGGAGAAUAUCACACUGACAUGUAGAACCAAAUGUACAUUGGUCCCCAACACAGCCUACAGUUGGUAUAAGAAUGGACAGCCUUUACCAAACAGCAACACCUACUCUCCUGUCUAUAUCCUGUUCUCAGUCAGCAGUGAGGAUACAGGCAGAUACUCCUGUGCUAUAGAAGGCCAUGAGGAUGUCCCCUCUGCUGAAGAGACUCUCACUGUCACAUGUGAGUGA